AUAUUGAACAAAACAUGUCAACAACAUUAAGUCAAAGUGAGAUAAUUAUAUAACUGAUUUUGGUUUCAAGGUCCAACCUGCAUUUUGAUCAAACCGGAUGGAAAACUAUAGACUCUUUUGGCUAUGAUGCAGAAACUAAAUACGAAGAAAAAAGUGAGGCAAUUGAGCAAGGUCAAUGGUUCUUCUACAAAAGAUUUAAAAUGAUGCUUUUUAAAGACAAGGGCAUGGAAAGAAAGGCUGAACUUGAAGAUAAAAGUGGCAAGAAGCUUCCAGCACUGACAGUGUUCUCACUAUCUAUUGAAUAUCUCAAAAAUGAAGUUCUUGACACGUUAGGCAAGCAAGCUGAUUCAGACCUUGGUGUUGGUGAUAUACACUGGGUGCUGACUGUACCAGCAAUAUGGAAUGACGCUGCUAAACAGUUUAUGCGAGAGGCAGCUCAGAAGGCUGGAAUACCAGCGAAGAAUUUGACCAUAUGCCUUGAACCUGAAGCCGCUUCCAUUUACUGCCGCCAUCUUCCAGUAGUCAUCGGCUGCAGGAGAGAAAACGUCGCUUGCUCAGUUCUCGUCCGGAACAAAGUACCUGGUUCUGAUGCUGUCUUAAAAUUCAAGAAUAAACGUAUGGACGAUUAUAUUGAACUCUUCCGAUACUUUGAACACAAGAAACGAGAUAUUUCUCCGACUAAAAGUAAAACAGUUACCAUCCGCAUGCCCGCUAACCUUUCCAAACUUUGUAGUGAAAUGAGAAAGAGUGAUUUGAAAGAGUUCGACCUACAGUCACGAUUUAGCGGCAAAGUAAAAGUAUUGAGCGAUAAAUUGAGGAUAGAUGUUGAUGUAGUCAGAGAGUUCUUCCUGCCAGCUGUCCGAAACAUAAUGGAUCAUGUUGCCACUCUACCGAAGGAGCCUUCAGUCAACGACUGUGCUGCUAUUCUAAUGGUCGGUGGGUUUCUCGGCAUCACCAAUGUUACAAGAGAACGUGCAGGCAGAAUUUCCAAAUCUAAGAAUAAUUGUUUCUGA